GUGUUAUGUAACAAUGUCAUUAUAUAAGCAAGAACCGCUUAGCAACACAUUCCCGGCAGAAGAUUGAAAGAGAGUGGACGCUGCGACCUACGACUUCCUAAUUUGAACAAGUAACCAACCACUCACUCAGUGUCUACCGAAGCGGAUGCUGAACGUGAAAGCUUAAAAUUUCAACCGUAAAAUUGGAUGAAACCCCAUUCCGACCAAAUAUGAUUUCUGAAAUUUUUCUAACGAUCCUGCUCAUCGGUCUCAUCAUCAAGGCCGUGAAACGUCCCCACAAUUUCCCACCAGGGCCCAGGGGAUUGCCCCUAGUUGGAUAUCUGCCUUUUCUUUCGUCAUGGGAUCCGCAGUAUCCGCACAGAGCCUUGCAAAAGAUGAGUAAAGUCUACGGACCUGUGACGGGAUUUUAUUUGGGACCCUCCACCAUGAUUUCAGUUUGCAGUCAUGAAGCCGUAAAAGAAGUGAUGCUCAAUGAAAAUCUCAAUGGCCGUCCGCAUUCCUCUAUCACCUUGGCUCGAAAUUUUGGAGAAAAUCUCGGGAUUAUGUUUAUUAUGGGCCAGUUUUGGCAAGAGCAACGCCGAUUCACUAUGAGACACCUCAGAGAUUUGGGAUUCGGAAAAACUUUAAUUGAAGACCAAAUGAUGGGUGAGGUUGGGGAUCUGAUAAAAGAUAUCGAGAAUAAAAGUCAAUCAGAUAAGGACCGAGUGGUUGACCUGAAAGGCAUUUUUCAAGUAUCUGUAGUAAAUAUUCUUUGGGCUAUUAUCGCAGGCGAGCGUUUCCGGCGCGAUGAUCCCAAAUUCCAGGAACUUCUAACGGCUAACGAGCAGGUUUUCCGAGCGGGCGAUCCCGUCCGAGGUAAUAUUCCGGUCCCAGCAUUUAUAUUGAAACAUUCCCGCCUAGUGAGAGAAUUUAUUGGAGUGAAAAGCGAAAUGACUGAACCCAUAAAAAAGUUUAUCCAAAGUACUAUCGAUGAUCACCAACUCUCUAAUCGUUCCGUGGAUGAAGCUAGAGAUUUUAUUGACUUUUACCUCAACGAGAUGAAAAAGCAAAAGGCAGAGAAUCCUUUCACGACCUUUACCAACAAUCAACUCGUUGCAACGAUAACGGAUUUGUUUGGUGCAGGGGCUGAAUCGACAAGUGGCUCUAUCGGGUUCGCCAUGAUUCAUCUGAUUCGCAAUCAGGAGGUGCAGCGUAAAAUGCAAGCGGAAUUGGAUCAAGUGUGCGGGGAAUAUGUACCAACCCUUAACCAUCGAUCCAGCCUACCUUACACUGAAGCUGUUUUGAUGGAAGCACAGAGGUGUAGCACUAUUGCGCCGUUCGUUGUCCCCCAUUUCGCCGUCAAAGAAACCAAGCUUCAAGGCUAUACAAUACCAAAAGGAAGUAUUGUCAUGUUGAAUCUGGAUGCUGUUCUCAUGGAUGACGGGUACUGGAAAGAACCGGAAGUCUUCCGGCCGGAACGCCAUUUGAAUGAAGAUGGCACGAAAGUGAUUAAAAGUGAUCACUUCUAUCCGUUUGGCAUUGGGAAAAGGAUGUGUUUGGGAGAUUCCUUGGCAAAAAAUACCUAUUUUCUCUUCACGGCUGCUUUGAUCAAAAAGUUUCGAUUUGAACCUGUACAAAAUGAGCCUCUUCCGAGUUUAGACCCCAUCAAUGGAUUUACUGUGGGCUACAGUGGCUUUAAAGCUGUAGUGGUCCCUCGUUCGUAAAUUACGUACCUAGAAUUUUUAGUACAAGAGAAAUAUAUUUAAAAGGCAACACAUGUAUCGUAUUUAAAAAUAGAAUAAGAAUUAUCUUCACUAAAUAACCGUAAAAA